UUUUAGAAAUCAGCUGACAUUUAUCAGAAAAACCCAUUUUUUAACGUGCUUUAUAUUUAUGUGUCAUCAUUCUUUGUUGAAAGAUUGAUUUUAUAAACAAGAAUUGAUCGUAACGAUAACUAUAUAAAUAAGUUCAAAACUAAAAGUUCGUGAUGAAAUUUGUUGAGUUGAAAACCUAGACCUAAUUUUCUCAGUUACUACAAUGAAUAAACCCCUACACAAUUAUGGGAGUAUUUCAUCCACUUCCCAGGAUGUUUUAUUCUCAGGAGAUAGAUCUGUGGAAUUCAAUGCUGCCUGUGAUAGUGUGGUUACCAAUAUUUAUACGAUAAACUCUAGUUUCAAGGUGUUGGACACUGCCCUGAAGAAUAUAGGCACAAAAAAAGAUAAUCAUGGAUUGAGAAAUAAAGUCCAUGUAACACAACUGAGUACAAAUGACAUUGCGGCUGUAACCAGUAAAGAAAUAAGGAAAUUGAAAUCUUUGAUGAAGAAAGGAAAUAAACAGCAACAGCUACAGGUUGAAAAACUCGAAGAAAAUUUCAAGGAAGCAAUAGGCCGAUACUCUGUUGUGCAAAAGGGAAUAGCGACCAAGCAGAAAGCUCAUUUACUUGUAUCAGUCAACAUUGAAAACGAGUUGCAAAAUGAGAAUAGUUCAUCCCAACAGGAGACUCAGAGACUACUUGCUCGGGAAUUGGCUUUUGAACAAGAAAUGCUUAUGGAAAGAGAAACUAGAAUCAGACAAAUUGAGUCUGAUGUUCUUAACGUCAAUGAAAUAAUGAGAGAACUGGGUACUUUAGUUCAUGAUCAAGCCGAAGUGAUAGAUACAAUAGAAAACAGUAUUGACCAUGCUGUAGGAAAUGUAGAGGAAGGAACUGAGCAAUUACUGAAAGCAGCUGAAUAUCAGAAAAAAAGGAGAUGGAAAUUGUUUUGGUUAGUUCUGAUUCUAUUGAUUAUUGCUGCCUUCUUGAUCAUCAUCAUUGUAUUUUCUAUGAAGAAAUAGUGAAUUAUGAACUGAUUCUCAAAUUGUGUACUUUAAUAUGUUAUGUAUAUAGAGGUUCUGAAUGUAAUGGGCUAAUCAUGGGCUCGUUCAAAGCUAGUUGGCUAAUUAGGAAAUUUGAAAGAUUAAAUUAGAACUGAUUCCAGACAAGAAAAAAGGCCAAGGGAAAUGAAAUUUUAUUGAAAGCUGUUACAUUUGUUUCUUUUUUGCAGUUAGAGAUAUCAUCUGGUGUGAUUCAUCUUUGUCUAAGUAUGAGUAGUGAUAAAUUUGCUCAUUUUAAUAGGUUCUAUUUAUUAAGAAAUAUAUUUGACAAUCUUAUUGUUGUUGCCAUAUAUGAAUAUUGAGGCUAAUAAUUUAAAUCUGUUUUGAACUAUUUAUUAUUCUUAUUCAAUAUUUUUGCAAAUAUUUAUCUAUGAAUCAAUAAUCUCAUUACUUUUUUUACAUACAAAUACUACAAAUUCAUAAUAGACCAUUGCAGUCAAUGUUGUAUUUUCUGAGAAUAUCCUCACAAAUAAAAGAUAUAUACACUACAAUAUAGUUUGAUUGCUUUUGUACUGGAGGAUUAAUGAAAAUAUGUUCAUUAACCGAUAGACCCAGAGGCUUUUAAGAAAAAUUUAUUAUUUCUAGACUUGUGUGCAAUGCUUUGUUAGUACUUGGUUUAUUAAUGACACUUAUGGCAAAAGUUGAUUUGUCUAUUCUUCUAUUUUAUAUUUCUCUCUGUUGAGUUGAAUAACAAUGAGCAGAUUUAUUUCAAAUAUUUUUGUAUGAUAAAGCAAUUUAUCAUCAAAUUAUAAUUGUCAAAUAUUUAAUACCAAAUCUAUAUUAAUUAUAAUGAUUAUCGAAAUAAACUGAAAUUUAUGAA